AUGUCUUCCGCUCCCAAGAUCAAGCUGUACACCAACCACGGUUGCCCAUGGGCUCACCGUGCACACAUUGCACUUAUCGAGCUUGGUCUCCCUUAUGAGGAAGAGAUCAUCGACCUCUCCGUCCCCCGUACGCAGGAGUACCUCAAAGUCAACCCUCGUGGCUUGGUGCCUUCGCUUUCAUAUGACGGCGAAAUCAUCACCGAGUCAGGAAUCGUCGCACAGUUCCUCGCCGACGCCCACCCAUCUCAUCUCCUUCCGCCUUCCAACUCAAAGGAGGGCGCUCUCCGCCGUGCGCGCAUCAACUUUUUCGUCGAUGCCUACUUCAGCAAGGCGAACCCUCUCAUCUUCAAGAUUUACAACGCCAAGUCGAACGACGAGGUCGAGGCGGCCGCUGAUACCUUCGUCGAUAUCGUCGCCAAGGAGAUCGAGCCGCUGCUCGAGGACGCCGCACCCUACUUUGGGGGCAGCGACAAGCCUACCCUAGUCGAGGUCCUGACCGGGUCUUUCACCCUCCGCCUCUUCUCGUUCGCCAACUACGAGCUGCUUCCGAAGCGCACUCUCACUGAGCUGGAGAAGAGGACCCCUAACUUUUACAAAUGGGCACAGGCUGUCAACAAGACACCCAGUGUAACCCACAUCUACGACGAGAAGAACGUCGUGGAGAGGACGAAGCACAGGAUCGCCACCCUGCGAAGUGCGAGCAACUAA